AUGGCACCGACAAACUCCAAAGCAAACUACAAGACCUACGAGGCGCAAGCCCGUAUGGUCAGGGCCAUUGUCGCCGCCCACCCGGACGUCAAAUGGAACUACAAAGAAAUCGCCGCCUGCUACGGCUCAGACAUGACCGAGCACGCGCUCAACCACCGCUUCCGCCGGCUCAGAGCCCAGGCCUUGAUUAUCCGCGAAGGACGCCCCCAGGGCUUCGACAUGAAGCACCUCUCCGUCGAAGACAACAUGCCCACGGCCCAGGACGCAGUCGACAAGACGAAUAUAGCCAAGUACUUUGGCCAGUCGACAGCGGACGGGAUCCAGUUCCAGUUCCGCGGCAUCAAAAAGGACGCCGACCAGCUGCGCCAGACGCACUCGUCGGGCGGCGACGCCGCGGUCCGCGCGGGCGCUACCAUCGCCGCCGGCGCCGCGCCCGACUCGGACUCGGACGUGGUCCUCGUCAAGCCCGAGUCGCAGUACCAGAGCAUCUUUGGCGACGCCGCCGGCGCCGCCCCCUCCCCGUCGACUGCCUCCGUCGCCGGCGCCUUUACCGAGCGCGCCACCGAUCCCGUCUUCUCCACGGCCUUUGGGGCCAAUCUCUACUUGGGCAGUUUUGAGGAAGCCAUCGAGGCGUAUGGCGACGGGGAGAUUUGA